AUGGUUCUAUCAUCUAUAUUGUCAAAAUCAACACUAUCGAUAUGUUUGAAAAAUCUUAUCCGGGUGACAUCAAUAGCGGCAAUAGACUCCAUUAGAAGCCAAUAUACUCGUGCUUUACCGCCGACAGUUUUGACAAAAAUCUUCGGAAGUAAUAGAGGGAAACCUUUCGGGAAAGAUGCGACUGCUGGUUCAGAUUUACAGAGAGCAGUUAAUUUCGUUUCGCCAUGCUUACGAGAAGAGCUCUUAUGCAAGACCUCAGAACCAGUUAGAGACUGUUGUCAUAAAGUCACUAUUGUCGGUGCUGGUAUGGUUGGCGUUGCUAUUGCCAAUUCGCUCCUCUUUCAACGAAUUACUUCACAUAUUGCAAUGGUAGACGCUUUUCCUAAAAAAUUGGAAGGCGAAGGGAUGGAUUUUGUUCACAGUUCUAUAUUCAUAGGAGAUCCGAAGAUCGAGUACGAUACAGAUUUUUGUGUGACAAGUAAUUCAAAAGUCGUAGCGCUUUGUGCUGGUGUACGACCGAUAAAAGGCGAAAGUCGACUUGAUUUGGUGCAAAGAAACACAGAAAUAUUGAAAAAUAUAAUACCAUCUCUAGUAAAUUAUAGCCCAAAUGCGGUGUUCGUCAUAAUCAGUAAUCCUGUGGAUAUCUUGGCCUGGGUUACUUGGAAGCUGAGCGGACUUCCGGUCCAUCAGGUAAUUGGCAGCGGCACUCAUCUGGACAGCGCAAGAUUUCGCUAUCUGAUUGCUGAUCGAUUAGGAAUAGCGCCAAGUUCGGUUCAAGGAUUAAUUAUCGGUGAACACGGGGACAGUAUGGUUCCGCUCUGGUCCGGAGUGAAUGUCGCAGGAGUACAGUUCCGCGACAUUAUCCCAAAUAUCGGUCUGGAGACAGACGAUGAAAGAUGGCAUGAAAUAGUGAAAGAAGUUGUAAAAUUAGGUCCGAUGGUGCGAUGUUUAAAAGGAUACUCAAAUACGGCCAUUGGACUUUCCGCAGUAGACAUUAUAAUCGCAAUAUUACGCAAUACGCAAGCGAUUAUACCAGUUUCAACUCUAGUGCAGGGUCAUCAUGAUGUACGCCACGAAAUGUUCCUGUCGCUACCUUGCACGAUUGGCGAAAAUGGCAUCACGAAUAUCAUACGAAUGCACAUGACCGAAUACGAGAAGAAACUGUUUCAAGUUUCAGCGAAUGCCGUGUACGACAUACAGAAAAAAAUCAACAUUAAAACUUGA